AUGAAGUUCGCCCCGAGCUGUGGCUGCGGCCGUGCCCGCUCCGCCCGCCGCCAGCCCGCGCUGCCGCUGCUGCUGCUGCUGCUGGUGGUGCCUGAGAUGCUGUUGCCGCGCUCCGCCGCCGUCCCGCUGCCCGGCGCCGCAGACUCCUCGGGGGAGGCCGAGCCGGAGGAGGCGGCGGCGCGGCGGGAGGCGCUGCCCCUCAGCCUGCGGCUGGCGCAGCUGCUGCGCGACCGGGCGGCUCAGCUGCAGCACGAGAUGUGCGAGAAGUUCACCGUCUGCGAGAACAGCAUGGAAAUGCUCCUCCAGAACAACCUCAACCUCCCCAGAGUGACAGAGGAAGACGGGUGUCUGCACGCCGGCUUCGAUGAGGAUAAAUGCUUGAGAAAAAUCUCCAGCGGGCUUUAUACAUUUCAGACAUACCUCAAAUACGUGCAAGAAACUUUUACUAGUGAAAACCAAAACGUUGAAUCACUAUCCUAUAGCACAGAGCACCUGGCACAUACCAUAAGGCAGAUGGUGAUCAAUCCCGAAGAAGUGAUCAUCCCAGAUGCAGCUGCCCAGGAAUCCCUCCGCGCAAAGCUGAAGUCCAGUAAGACCUGGAUUGAGAAAAUCACCACCCACCUUAUCCUCCGAGACUUUACUUCAUUUAUGGAGAAAACAGUGAGGGCUGUGCGCUAUUUGAAAAAUACCAGGAGUUUCAGUGCCUAAAUGUUUUAGUUCAGGCACAAUCCUUUGUUACACAUCUGUCAUGUGGCAGAUGACAGUGUUGUUCUGUUUUAAGAACCAGAAAAAGUAACAGUGGUUUGCAUUUAUAUACAUUCCUAUUUCCUUCUAGGAAGUUAUUUAUUGUAUUUAAAAUAUUUAUUAGUUUCUAAUGUUUCUUAUUUAUAUUUUCAAUAUUUACAAAUAAUUUAAGCAAAGGACAUAUUUUAUUUACCUUUAUACUGGUACUAUUCAGAAUACCAACCUAUUUAAUACGUACUCAACAAAAAAAUAUUUUCAGAACCCAGAAAAAUUGUUGUCUACCUUAUGUUUUUAAACUAUUUGAAAGAUGGUAUUUAUGACUUAUUUAUAUUUUUAAAACAAAUAAAAGCUGAUUUAAAAAAAAAAACCCUGUAUAACCCGUGUGAACUUUUAAUUAGACUAAGGCACUCUAAUAAAUUCAGUUUUUAAUGCCUGCAAUUAUCAGAAUAAUCACUUUCAAGAAUUUAUCUGUGUAAUUAGUUCAGUUAUCUAC